AUGGCGAGGGGAGCCCACACCUGGCCUUGCCCCUCAUCCAUUCUCCUCUCCCCAUGGCAGGUCCCAUACACACAGCAUGUGUCCUUGUCUGUCGGUUCUUCAGUGACAAUCAGAGGGAAACCUGCCAUCUCUUUCAGCAAGAACCCACAAAUGCAGGUGGAUUUCCACACUGGGACUGAUGAGAACUCAGACAUCGCCUUCCAUUUCCGAGUGUCCUUUGGCACAUCUAUGAAGAUAAACAGCCGUCAGAAUGGGAGCUGGGACUCUGAGGUGGCAUCCUCCAAAAUGCCCUUUGUGGAUGGCCAACCAUUUGAAAUGCACAUCUUGGUGCUGCAAAAUGAGUACCAGGUAAUGGUAAAUGGCCAAAAAUAUUACAGCCUUGCCCAUCGACUGCCACCACAAUCUGUGAAGUUCCUGCAGGUGUGGAGAGAUGUCCCCCUGUCCUCAGUGUGUGUCUGCUAG